CUCUCGAAGGCGGACCAAAAAGGAAAAGUCUCUCGAAGGGGACCAAAAAGGAAAAAUCUCUCGAAGGCGGCAAUUAAACUGUGUUACGAAAUUCCCGGCAUUCCAGUUUCAAAGAAAGAUAUUGCAAAACUGCAUAUAAAUUAAUGAUGCCAGGAGGAGGAGGAGCCGGAAGUGUACAAUCUGAGAAAGAAGAAAAAGUUUCAAUGGAGUUAACUGAAGAAAUUUUAAAGAGUAUGGAAGUUGGUAUGGCUUUUAGAGAUUAUAAUGGGAGAAUUAGUUCUAUGGAUUUUCAUAAAGGAUCAAAUUGUCUGGUGACAGCUAGUGACGAUGAGUCUAUUCGCCUUUAUGAUGUUGCUAAUGCUAUGUGUUUGAAGACCAUUAAUAGCAAAAAAUAUGGUGUUGAUCUCGUAUGCUUUGCUUCAAAUGCCACAACAGUUCUAUACUCCUCCAAAAAUGGCUGGGAUGAAUCCUUACGACUUCUUAACUUGAAUGAUAACAAGUACUUGCGUUACUUCAAAGGCCAUCAUGACAGGGUUGUGUCACUUAACUUCUGCUCGCGGAAGGAAUUAUUCAUUUCUGGUUCUCUUGAUAGAACUGUUAUACUUUGGGAUCAGCGGGCCGAGAAGUGUCAGACGGCCCUUUUACAUGUGCAAGGAAGGCCUGCUGUUGCUUACGAUGAUCAAGGCAUUGUCUUUUCCGUUGCCUUCGGAGGAUACAUAAGAAUGUUUGAUGCGCGCAUGUAUGACAAGGGUCCUUUUGACAUUUUUUCGGUUGGGGGCGAUGUAUCUGAUGCCAACGUUGUAAAAUUUAGUAAUGAUGGAACACGUAUGCUUCUGACCACAACAGGCGGGCAUAUUCAUGUACUUGACUCAUUCCGUGGCACACUUCUAUCCACGUACAAUGUCAAGCCAGUUUCAAGCGAUUCCACUUUAGAAGCAUCUUUCAGUCCUGAUGGAGCCUUUGUUGUAUCAGGUUCAGGGCACGGCAGUGUAUAUGCAUGGAGUGUCAGAACUGGAAAAGAAGUUGCUAGUUGGUUGAGUACUGAAGUUGAACCUCCGGUAAUAAAAUGGGUUCCAGGAAGCCUAAUGUUUGCUACUGGAUCUUCUGAACUAUCAUUCUGGAUUCCAGACUUAUCGAAAUUGGGGUGUUAUGUCGGAGCAAAAUAGAUUUGUCCCUCAAGAAGGCUAGCGGCAUCGAAGAAAAGUGUUACUCUGUCACUUGCUUUGCAGUUAGUCAGAGGGUAACAUCAUCAUCAUAUAUACAGGUGGAAGAGGGGAGUAAUGUCGACGGAGAGAAACACACACCCAUGUCCUUCAGUGGAAGAUUGGGCUUAGCGGAGUUUUUGUCCCUUAAG